AUGUUCUUCAGACUGGAAAACUCUAUACAACAAGGUGGUAUACCUAUAGGAAGCUCUGUUGCACCAUCUCUUUUAGAGGGGUUGCAAGUUCUUGAGUAUGUUGGAAAAGAAACUGUUGAUCUUUUGAUUGCAGAAUCAGGAAUGGAAGUUGACAAAAAUGGUGGUGAAGGUGGACAUGGAACUGAAGAUGAUCAGUUAUUGGAGGAAGUAACAUUUGACAGAUGCUUUUACAUCUAUGGAGGUCCAGAGCACCUGAAGCGUAGUACAUUCUUCCAUCAUUUUUAUAAUCCACUUGACAUGACGUGGUUCAUUUAA